UCCAUGUGCGUGCCGGCGGCUGCGGGCGCGCUGAGAGCCCGCGCCCAGCAGCCUCGAGGGUCGGCCGGGACCGGCGGGUGGCGACGGCCGAGCGGUGGCUGCCCGAGCGGGCCCGAGCGGCGGUGAGCGAGGGCGGCGCGCUGCCUGCAUGCGUGCGGCGGUGGCCGAGGCGGCGACACCGGAGCCCGAGGCUGCUGGCCACCAAGUGGAGCGCGGAGCAGCACGGGCGUCCCGGGUCCCCGGCGUGGUGCGGUGACCAUCUAGAGUCCGGUGCGUCGCCAAGACCGCGACCCGCUUCCGUUGAAUCGCCUCGCGUCCCGGCCCUCGGUGAGACUAGUGAUUUGCUAACGCACUCCGUGGAUCCGAACGUGGCUUGGCUCCGAGCGCGCCCGGCGACCUGUAGGACACCAGCCCUGGCCACUGUCGCCGCUCGCGCGCUCGGAGGACUCGUCUGCGUAGGGGCGCGCGGGGCUCGCUGUGUGCCGCGGAUCGGCCGGAGGUCGCUUUGACGGUGGGCCGGUGGAGAGGCGGUUUGGGAUUUUCUGUGAAGUAUGGAGGAGAAGGAUUCCAAGUCCUGCGAGACGGCGGCGGGAGCGCAGAGGCAGCCGGAAUCCAGCUCCGGCGGCGGCUCGGGCGGCGUCAGCAGCCCGAGCGACUCGGACACCGGUCGCCGGCGGGCUCUGAUGCUGCCCGCGGUCCUACAGGCGCCAGGCAACCACCAGCAUCCACAUCGCAUCACCAACUUCUUCAUCGAUAACAUCCUGCGGCCUGAGUUUGGCCGCCGAAAGGACACGGGGACUUGCUGUGCCGGCGCGGGCGGAGCCAGGGGAGGCGAAGGCGGCGCUGGCACUACCGAGGGAGGCAGCGGCGCAGGCGGAGCCGAGCAGCUCCUGGGCGCCAGGGAGUCCCGACCGAACCCAGCGUGCGUACCCAGCGCGGGAGGGCCGCUCUCCGCCGCCGCUGGCGACCCUGCGGCCGACGGAGAAGGCGGCUCCAAGACGCUAUCGCUGCACGGUGGUGCCAAAAAACCCGGCGAUCCCGGGGCUUCCUUGGAUGGAGCGCUCAAGGCCCGGGGCUUGAGCGGAGGUGACCUGUCGGUGAGCUCCGACUCGGACAGCUCUCAAGCCAGCGCCACUCUGGGCGCGCAGCCCAUGCUCUGGCCCGCUUGGGUCUACUGCACGCGCUACUCUGACCGGCCUUCUUCAGGUCCCAGGUCCCGAAAACCAAAGAAGAAGAACCCUAACAAAGAGGACAAGCGGCCGCGCACGGCCUUCACUGCUGAGCAGCUGCAGAGGCUCAAGGCUGAGUUUCAGACCAACAGGUACCUGACAGAGCAGCGGCGCCAGAGUCUGGCGCAGGAGCUCAGCCUCAAUGAGUCUCAAAUCAAGAUCUGGUUCCAGAACAAGCGGGCCAAAAUCAAGAAAGCCACGGGCAACAAGAACACUUUGGCGGUGCACCUCAUGGCGCAGGGCCUGUACAACCAUUCCACCACGGCCAAGGAGGGCAAGUCGGACAGCGAGUAGGGCGAGCAGGGCGGGCGGGCCGGCCAGGUCUAGGGCCUCGCGAAACAAUGCAAUAAUUUAAAAACCUUGAACAAAGGGCCAGUGUAUAAAGAUUAUACCAGCAUUAUCUGUGAAAAUCCCGUGUAUUAGCUAUAGUUCUACAAUAAUCUAUGUACAUAUAAUUUACAGGUGGUGUAAAGUCCAAAAAUCUGAAUAUAAAAUAUUUUUGAGUUUUUUGUGUUUAAGAGAUUAUGCUAAUUUUAUGUUAUUAUUAUUUUUCUGGAAAGGGGGCUGUUUAGGGUUUCAGAUCUUUUUCUUUUUUCUUUUUUCUUCCUUUUUUAAUCCCUUAAGCUCCAUUAUGGGACAUUGGACACUCCUCCCCCGAAAGAAAAAAAAUUUAUAACAACUUGCUGAAGUCCAAAGAUUUUUAUUGCUGCAUUUCACAGGACUGUGAACAGAAUAAAUAGCUCCUAUUUGGUCUGUGGACUCUGCCGCUUGCUUUGUGCUGACUUGGACAGCGCUGUAGGAAGCGCCAGCCCGCGUGGUGAUGGAGAGCUCUGGUGCAGAGAGCGAGCGAGCGAGCGAGCGAGCGAGCGAGAGCAGUUCUUUUGCUGAGGUCUGAGGAAGUCCUUGCAGGCCAGCAGCUCUCGGGGAACCUCUCCACGCCUGCCUGCCUCCUACACUGCCUCUCUUCCCAACCUCCUCAGAGGCCCGCUGGCAGCCACCGUGUGUGUAUCUGCGUCUGUGUCGAUGACCCCUGUCCCGCCACAGCCCCAUAGCGACCUGCCAGCGCCAACUCUCCGGCCACUGUGGCCAGUAGUCGGAGCCUGGGGAGCAGAGGGAGUGUGUCCUGAAGGCCUGAAGGCUUUGCUGCUGGGACAGCUAGCCCUGACCCAAAAGCUCCCACCGAGAUCGGCCUUGGGGCCUGGCAGAGCGAGUUGGCAUUGUCUUCCUUUCCUUUUUCUUUCCUCUUUUUUUCUUUUUCAUUUAUUUUUGAAUGGUAAAUACAUGUAUGUGUACAUACUUGUGUAUGCAUGUGCACGCAUACCCCAGGCCUGUGUGAAGCUGGGGUUCUGGAGCUCACAGCUAACUUGACUUUCAAGGGAACUCGAAUCCUCCUGAAUCUAGAGGACAUGUGUAAAUAAUCAUUUCUUAUCACUUUUUGUGUUUUUUGUUUUUUAAAAAGAAAAUAUACAUUUUAUUUUUGAAGGUGUGGUACUGUGUAAAUUAAAUAUAUUCAAUAUAUCCCUCACCAAGUUCAUAUAUAUAUGUAUAUAUAUACAUAUAUAUAUAAGCAAACACAUUAUAUGUAACUCCACAAUGUCUUCUGUUUAGUGUAUGGGAAAAGGUGUCCAAAUGUCCACCUGGGGCCAGCGCAUGGCUAGGGCGUUCUCAGCUGAGCUGAACGUUAGGCUGCCUGCUGAGGACCGAUGGUGGAUUUCUCUCUUUGCCUUAAACCUCUUUAUUUCACUGCGUCAACACUUUCUCUUUGUACAUAUUCGUGCCAACCUUCUGAAAAGGAAGCUAUAAAAACAGAAGUUGUAAUUUAAGAGUCUGUGAAUGACCAUCGGCUGCUUGGGGAUUGGUGAGACACAUGCCUUUUAGCAGGAAGCAAAUCUGUCCUUUUUUAAGUUUAUAAAAUGUGCAUUUUACAGUAUCAAAUAUUUAUAAUCUUAUGAGAAAUGGAUGAAUGUUCCCUACUUACAAAUGUGGUUAUCAAGAUUGUGACCAUUCCAACCUGUGCAUUUUUGUGUGUUUAAAUUCAUGAAAGUUACAUUAAAUAAAAAGAAACAACUCUUUAUUAUAAAGU